AUGGAGGUGGACGCCGAGGAGAAGCGCCAUCGGACACGGUCCAAAGGGGUUCGAGUUCCCGUGGAACCAGCCAUACAGGAGCCCUUCAGCUGUCCCACGCCGGGCUGUGAUGGCAGCGGUCACGUCAGUGGCAAAUACGCAAGACACAGAAGCGUGUAUGGCUGCCCCUUGGCUAAAAAAAGAAAAACGCAGGAUAAGCAGCCCCAAGAGCCUGCUCCCAAGCGGAAACCAUUCGCCGUGAAAGCCGACAGCUCCUCGGUGGACGAGUGUUAUGAGAGCGAGGGCUCGGAGGACGUGGAUGACAAGGAGGAGGACGAGGAGGAGUACUCGGAGGACGAGGACGAGCGCAGGGAGGAGGACGAGGAGGAUGAGGAAGGCGACCGAGAGGAGGAGGAGGAGCUAGAGGAGGAGGAGGACGAUGACGACGAGGAUGGGGAGGACGUGGAGGACGAGGAGGAGGAUGACGAGGAGGAGGAGGAGGACGACGAGGAGGAGGACGAGAAUGAAGACCAUCAAAUGAACUGUCACAAUACUCGAAUAAUGCAAGACGCAGAAAAGGAUGAUAACAAUAAUGAUGAGUACGAUAAUUACGAUGAGCUGGUGGCCAAGUCCUUGUUGAACCUCGGCAAGAUUGCCGAGGAUGCAGCCUACCGGGCCAGGACUGAGUCGGAGAUGAACAGCAACACGUCCACCAGCCUGGACGACGGCAGCGACAGGAACGAGACGCUGGGCCGGAAGAGCGAGCUGAGCCUGGAUCUGGACAGCGACGUGGUCAGAGAGACGGUGGACUCCCUGAAGCUGCUGGCGCAGGGACACGGUGUGGUGCUCGCAGACAACCUCGGCGACAGGGCGUAUGCAGACUCUCUGUCGCAGCAGGACAGCAGGAACAUGAACUACGUGAUGUUGGGCAAGCCCAUGAACAACGGGCUCGUGGACAAGAUGGUGGAGGAGAGCGACGAGGAGGUGUGUCUGAGCAGCCUGGAGUGCCUGAGGAAUCAGUGCUUCGAUCUGGCCCGGAAACUGAGCGAGACGAACCCGCAGGACCGGAGCCAGCCCCCGAACAUGAACAUCCGCCAGCACGCCCGUCAGGAGGACGACUUCGCGGGGAGGACGCCGGACAGGAGCUACUCCGACAUGAUGAACCUCAUGCGGCUCGAGGAGCAGCUGAGUCCCAGGUCUAGAACUUUCUCCAGCUGUGCAAAGGAGGACGGGUAUCACGAACGAGAUGACGACACCACCUCCGUGAACUCGGACAGGUCUGAGGAGGUGUUUGACAUGACCAAGGGGAACCUGACCCUCCUGGAGAAAGCCAUCGCUCUGGAGACAGAAAGGGCGAAGGCCAUGAGGGAGAAGAUGGCGAUGGAGGCCGGAAGGCGGGACAAUGCGCGGUCCUAUGAAGAGCAGUCGCCAAGACAGCUUCCCGGGGAGGAGAGAAAGCCUAAGUCCAGUGACAGCCAUGUCAAAAAGCCAUACUAUGAUCCCUCGAGAGCAGAAAAGAAAGAGAGCAAGUGUCCCACCCCGGGGUGUGACGGAACUGGCCACGUAACCGGGCUUUACCCACAUCACCGCAGUUUGUCUGGAUGCCCGCACAAAGAUAGGGUCCCUCCGGAAAUUCUUGCCAUGCAUGAGAAUGUUCUCAAGUGUCCUACUCCGGGCUGCACAGGGCGAGGGCAUGUAAAUAGCAACAGAAACUCGCACAGAAGCCUCUCUGGAUGUCCUAUUGCUGCCGCGGAGAAACUGGCAAAGGCCCAGGAGAAGCACCAGAGCUGCGAUGUGUCCAAGUCCAACCAGGCCUCAGACCGCGUGCUAAGGCCAAUGUGCUUUGUCAAGCAGCUCGAGAUCCCUCACUACGGCUACAGAAACAACGUCCCCACGACCACGCCUCGCUCCAACCUGGCCAAAGAGCUAGAGAAAUAUUCCAAGACCUCGUUUGAGUACAACAGUUACGACAGCCAUACUUACGGCAAGCGGGCCAUAGCCCCCAAGGUGCAAACCAGGGAUAUAUCCCCCAAAGGAUAUGAUGUGCCGGGGUCGGUCAGGCAGACCGGGGCCAUGCAGAGAACACCACCUGACUGCAUGGGUGAGCGGGAAAAUGGAGAGUCCCAACUGGGAUCCGAUGCUAACCCCGACAUGGAGGUGGACGAGAACGGGACUCUGGACCUCAGCGUGAACAAGCCACGGCCGCGGGACAGCUGCUGCCCGGUCCUGACGCCCCUGGAGCCCAUGUCCCCCCAGCGGCAGGCGGUGAUGGGUGGCCGGUGUUUCCAGCUGGGCGAGGACGACUGCUGGGAGCUGCCCGUGGACUACACCAAGCUGAAGCCCCGCAGGGCGGACGGGGGCGACACCAGCGAGGCCCCCCCGGAAGACUUGGACCCAUUCCAGGAGGCUCUGGAGGAGAGAAGGUACCCGGGAGAGGUGACCAUCCCCAGCCCCAAGCCCAAGUACCCCCAGUGCAAGGACAGCAAAAAGGACUUAAUAACUCUGUCCGGCUGCCCCCUCGCUGACAAAAGCAUUCGAAGCAUGCUGGCUACCAGCUCACAAGAACUCAAGUGCCCGACCCCCGGCUGCGACGGCUCUGGGCACAUCACCGGCAACUACGCUUCUCAUCGAAGUCUUUCAGGUUGCCCGAGAGCAAAGAAAAGUGGCAUCAGGGUGGCACAGAGCAAGGAAGACAAGGAAGACCAGGAGCCCAUCAGAUGUCCCGUUCCUGGGUGUGACGGCCAGGGCCACAUAACCGGGAAGUACGCCUCCCACCGCAGUGCGUCAGGAUGUCCCUUGGCCGCCAAGAGACAGAAGGACGGAUACCUCAAUGGCUCCCAGUUCUCCUGGAAGUCGGUCAAGACGGAGGGCAUGUCGUGUCCCACGCCAGGAUGUGACGGGUCGGGCCACGUCAGCGGCAGCUUCCUCACACACCGGAGCUUGUCGGGAUGCCCGCGAGCCACGUCAGCCAUGAAGAAGGCGAAGCUGUCAGGAGAGCAGAUGCUGACCAUCCGACAGCGGGCCAGCAACGGCAUAGAAAACGAUGAAGAAAUCAAGCAGUUGGAUGAAGAGAUCAAGGAGCUCAACGAGUCCAACUCCCAGAUGGAAGCCGAUAUGAUCAAACUCAGGACUCAGAUCACCACGAUGGAGAGCAGCCUGAAGACCAUUGAAGAGGAGAACAAAGUAAUCGAGCAGCAGAAUGAGUCUCUCCUGCACGAGCUGGCCAACCUGAGCCAGUCCCUGAUUCACAGCCUAGCCAACAUCCAGCUGCCGCACAUGGAGGAUGGUGUAUGGUGGGGGCAAUAA